AUGGCGACCACAAACGCGCCAGAUGCGCUACCCUUUAGCAGCCUCAAAGGCAAGAUCAAUGAUGGCCUGCUACAGAGUCUCGAUGCCAUGGGCUACGAGUACAUGUCGCCCGUCCAGCAAAAAGUCCUCUCAGAACUCCCUACAUUCCAGUCCGACUGUCUCGUUCAAGCCAAGACCGGAACAGGAAAGACGAUUGCCUUCCUGCUUCCAGCAUUACAGUCAGUCCUCUCGCAAGCACCCUUAGCAAGAGGCCAUGUCGCGAUCCUAAUCGUCUCACCAACACGUGAGCUGGCUCUGCAGAUUGCAAAGGAAUGCGAGUCAGUCACUGCCAAGCUCCCGAGGAAGCUGGAAUGCCAUACUGCAUACGGCGGCACAUCGAGAGAUCGAGACUUGAAGCGCUUCACUUCUGGUGACCCGAAGAUUGUUGUUGCUACUCCUGGUCGACUUAAUGAUCUGCUUGGUGAGGAGGAUGUGCGACAGCGGUUUCAGUCGAUCAAGACUCUCAUUCUUGAUGAGGCGGAUCAGAUGCUGGAGGCCGGCUUCUUGGUCGCGAUUACCGACAUCCUCCGCAGACUUCCUCCGAAGACCAACGGAUGGCAGGGAAUGUGCUUCAGCGCCACCAUGCCGAAGAAGAUCGAAGGCGUGCUGCCGAAAGUGCUCAAGUCUGGCUACACCCGACUAUCGACGAUCAACGCCGACGAAGAGCCCACCAUCGACAAAGUCCCACAGCAUUCAGUCGUCGUACCUUCCGUUGGAGAUACCUUCACGACAUUACGAGUGCUCCUUCAACGAGAGUAUGAGCUUCAAUCACAGAACUUCAAGGUCAUUGUCUUCGGUGCUACUGCCAAUGGUGUAGCUUUGAUGCACUCCGUCUUCAGCAACAUCUUCCACGGCACACAGAUGCAAGUCUUCCAGCUUCAAUCACGACUGUCUCAGAAUGCGCGGACAAGAACAACAAACGAGUUCAAGGAAGCACCAGCAGGCAUUAUGUUCGCCAGCGAUGUCAUUGGACGUGGUAUGGACUUCCCUAAUGUCAGUCUUGUCGUCCAAGUCGGCAUCCCAUCAAGUGGCGAGCAAUACGUCCACCGCGUGGGCCGCACGGCCCGAGCAGGGAACGAAGGCAGAGCCGUCAUUCUCCUCACCCAGCGCGAAAGCUUCUUCCUCAAAGUCAACAAGAACCUCCCCAUCACACCCUACCCCGAGAACCUUCUUCCACUGGCAGCACAGCAAAGCCAAGACGUGGAAGUAGCUUUCAACCAGAUCGAUGAGCUCACCAAGGCGAAAGCAUACCAAGCAUGGCUGGGCUUCCACAAGACGUUCACGAAGCAGCUACAACUCAACAAUGAAGGUCUCAUCGAGCAGGCAAAUGAGUAUGCAGCCACUAUGGGAUGUCCUGAGCCUCCUAUGAUCGAUAAGCGCGUGGUGGGCAAGAUGGGUCUGAAGGGUGUGAGGGGGCUGAACAUUGGGACUGUGCAGGACGGGCCAGCGCCGAGACGACCACAGAGACCUGCUGGUGAGCCGCGGGAGCCGAGACAGAAUGGAGGUGGACGUACAGAGCAGAAUGGCGGAGGUGGAGGAGGAUACAGAGGAGGGAACAGCAGGAGAGGGCGGGGUGGUGGACGUGGUGGAGCGAGAGGUGGAAGAGUUGAGAAGAGCUCGUGA